AUGUCCGGGGUUGAAGUUUUGCUGGCACUUUUCCUUAAACUCGAUGGUUUUGUGAUCACUGUGGCCAAGACAGCCACCAAUGCCCCUUUCACUCAUGAGACCCUCUCUUCAAGGGGAUCCUCUCAGGAAUACUGGAGAGUGAAAUCAGAGGUGUUAGAGCUGGGCCCUCCCUGGGUAACCGAGUACUUUCCCAUCAGGAGCUGCCACCUCAUCUUGCAGGGUGGGUCUGGCCUGUUCUACCUCCCCCUGCACACUGACAUCAAACCCAGCAUCUGGUGCAACUGGACCAUCUGGGCAGGCCCCCAGAAGCACAUUGUCAUCUAUGUCCAAGGGUUCCAGGGCAGCCAUGGCUGUGGCCACAACCAGGACAAGAUCAUCUUCCAGGGGGUCUCGUCCAGCGUGGAAACCAAAGUGGUGUUUGCCUGCCACAACCGAGGCACUCUGAUCUUUGCUGCACGAGCCACUGAGGUUCAGGUGCUGUUUCUGUCAGGCAGUGGCUCUAGAAGCCAUGAAUACAGGUAUUUUAGAGGCCAGUAUUAUGUAUUCAGAGACUCUGAAACUGUGGGCUCUUCAAGUGAUACCACAGCAGCUCCCCAGGAGCCCUCUAAAAAAGAGAGCAGGAGGACAGAAGUGACCAAAGGUUUAUUGUCCAUGCUGACAGCUCCUCCAGGCCCACCAGCUGCACCUGCAGGUGGCAGGAUCCAGCCUGACAUUGUGAGCCCAGAAGAAGAGGGCCAGCAUUCUCCUGAUCUCAUGGAAGAUGGUCAGUCCGGUGCUAACCGGAGUGAGCGUGGCCAGGAUGAAAUUAGGCUGGAAAGGAACCCUAAGGAUGGUGGCAGCAAGGGCAGAGAAACUGAAGAUGACAUGUUGGUGGAGCCAGCUCCAGCUGGGCGAGACACUGGGGGUAAAGCUGAGCCACCUGCCCCGGAGCUGGCCAAGGGGGGCACCGAGCCAGGGACUGCUCUGGUCACCAUGGUCCCAUGUCACCCAGCUGGUUCCCCUUGCUCACAGCUGCCCAGCAGCACUGUAGGUGUCUCUGACACCUCACCUACCCUGGCUCAGGCCAGUGGCAGCCCCUCAGAAGUGGCAGCUGCUGCACAUGACACACAGACACCAGAGCUGGCAGAGCCACCACUGAACAGCAGCACAGAACCACCUCUCUACCCCUCUCCUGGUGCGACUGCUGCUGAUGUGGUGUCUCUGGGAGGAAGAACUGAAGAGCUCUUUGAUCUGAUGUCCUCUGUGGAGAAUGACACAGGACUGCAAUCCCAGCACCAUCCUGGAGAUGUGCUGUUUGAAGUCACUGUUGAAAUCAAAGCCAAGGACUGGACUCCUCAUGGUGGAAACGAGUUCCAAAGGGGUCUUCUUGAAUCUCUGAAGAAUCAUAUCCAGAAGAACCUGAAACUUUCUGCCAAUAAAGUCAGUGAAAUCAAGUUAAAGGAUAUCAAAAGGACGAGAGAUGCCAACCUGCUGCUCACCUUCUGGCUGCACCUGGAGCCAGAGGAGAGGAACGUGUCUCUGCUCCUGCGCUCCCAGCUGGAGGAGCUGCUUGGCUCCUCGGUGGGCGUGGAGAAGCUGCAGCUGGUUUCACUCUUCGUUGAAGAUGUGAACGAGUGCCAGGCUGGGCUUGGCCUCUGUGGGGAGGGGGCAGAGUGCUUCAAUGGCGUGGGCACCUACCUGUGCCGCUGCAAGAAGGACUACGAGGAUCAUUCUGCCAGCGAGUCCGGCACGCUCUGCAUCCGCUCUCCCCGAGCAGGGGUCAGCGCCUUCCUCCGCCACGCUGACAUGCUGGUGGGGGCAGCCCUUGUGGCCGGCCUGGUGCUGCUGGUGGCCUUUAGUGGCCUCUGUGUCACAGCCCUGAGGGGACAGGCCCCCCGGAGGAGCCCGGGGCCCAAGGAGCCGGUGGUGAGGGCCGUGGAGGAGCCAGCCAUGGAGCUGCACGACCUGGGGGAGUGCCUGCGGCUCGACCCCUUCCAGCUGAAGCUGCGGGCCAGGGCCCCCGAGUGGCUCUGGAGUGUCCGUGCCCACCCUGGCCAGGCGGGAGGGCUCAGCCCAGAGCAGCCUGGCCCGCUCCCAGGGGAGCCUGCACCUCGCUGACCCGGGCACUGCUCCUGCAUUGCCCCAGAUUUCUGCCCCAGCCCCUGCCUGUGCCAACCCUCUGCGGCGUUCUAUAUCCCACAACAGUCUUCCUCAUGUUGUAACUUUGUUUUUUUAAUGCUUGCUCAGCUUGGGGAACAAAAUGUUUGCUCCACGCCCCUGUACGUCUGCUGAUUUAUCCUCCUCGAGAUCUGCACAGGAAAAUUAAAAACUUUAUUUUUUUUUGGAAGAAAAAAGGAAAUAAGAUGCUUUGGUGCUUAAUAUGGAAUUACAAAUUAAUUCUUCACCCUGCUCAGUGCUGCCUGCUUUCUCCUGCCUCCAAGGCAGGGCUCUGCAGGAAGCCCUGGUGUGACCUGAGGAUCUGUGGGGUGUUUCUUCCAGCCUGGCUGAGAAACAUCUCCAGAACCUGACUUAAAAUUUUGGUGAGAAACCUGGUCAGGUUAUGGCAGGUGGGCCAUCACUCACUGAAUGAUGGGGACAGCAUUUUUGGUGCCUGCAGCAUUUUUGGAUGCAGGCUGCAAAAACCCCACCACCACCUGGUCCUGGCCAGAUGUAAAGCACAGCUGCCUUCCCAGCUUGUCCUGCAGCUGGAUCCCGGUGGGUUUGUUGGUGGGUUUGUUUUGGGGGGUUUCAGCCGGAAUUCCCGCUUUCCCCGGGAUGAAGAGUGCCUGGAGCGGCGGCAGAUGCCCCGCUGGAGGGAGCUGUGUGCCACCAAAAGGGGGAAGGGGCUGCCCGGGAGAUGCUCCCAGAGCCGGGGCUGCGGGCCCCUAGCUCACCCAGCUCGUCAGGGCUGUCCCGGGGCACCGAUGUGCUCUGGAUGUGCCCAGCUCAGGGUUUGCUCUGCACGGUCAGCUUUAGAAGGGGCUGGAAAUGGCUCUGCUCUGCUUCUCUGCAGGUGAGGAUACUGGCGAAGGAGUCCAAAGAAGUCCUGGUGUGUUUCUCUAGGAUAACUCGCUUCCAUACUCCUCCCCCACGCCCCAAAAAAAACCCAA